GCAAUAGCAAAAGUAGCCGCACAGGAAGCCUGUGAAUGAAAAAGAAGAAGGCUUUGGUAAAGCUCGUCGAGAAGAGAAUUUGAAGACCACAUCUUCACAUCUUCACAUCUUCACAUCGGCGCGGAAUCGGAGUUACUAUGCGCCGGUCGUUGCUUAGUACUGGUACUCGUCCUCAGGCUCAGGCUACCCUACCCGUAGCGGUAGCCACAGCACAUUGCGUACCUCUAAACGAUAGCAGCGCAGCUCACCCUUCACUACUGCAAACUUUCCCAUCCCAACCUGGAACUGCAAAAAUCCGCUGGGACCAUACCAAAAGCAAGGGACUGAGUUUCCAUACCAUACCUCCUCCACCAACCCAUCCAACCACAUCCAGACGACCCGGCCAGCCCUGACUCCUCCCAGCCAAUUCAGAUGCAUUUCACUGCCUCUGCGUCGUCAUACUUCCACCGGACCUCAAUGCGUCCUUGAACACACGAAUGUGGGGGCACGAGGAAAUUUAAGAUACACCAAACCCAAGACACACCCACCGUCGCGCCCGGUAUAGGCGUAGGAGGAUCCUCAUGGAUCGCAAGAGAAAGCGUAAGUACCUGCCGGAACGGUCGGUCGCAGAGAGGGCGCGUCAUUAACGGUGCGCUUUGCAGGCGAAUUGCGCGAGUUGAACAACAGAGCAUGGGAUGGGGAGAAAGGUCAGUUUAGGGCGCGUCGGCGUGGAACAGUGAGAGAGACACUGGUUGACGAGAAUUUCAAGGCAUCUACCAGGUCAACAAGUCUCUUGACUCUUCCCUGAAGAAAAAUACGGCCUUUAUUAAACGAUUGCGAACUGCCAUCUCGGCUGCCACUCUGGCUACCUUCCUCCAAGAAAUACGAACGCUCAGCCUGCAUAAGUAUCUCUCGGAAAUCAUUUCGGCAUGUUAUGAGGGUCUUUGUCGACUAAAAUCCCCAGGAGAAAUAGAGGCAGGCGUGGAGAUCGUAAGCGCGUUGCACCAACGUUUUGGACCGGCCGAGUUUACGGAAUUUCUUGGAUGGCUGGUUGGCAAAGGAUUGGCAACACCAGAAAAGUCAUUGUUGAAGACACUUGCCGCUGACGUGAGAGAGAAGGAGGAAAAGGAGCGCAUUAUCCGACAGAGAGUGCUCCUCCGAGUCGUCACGGAGCUAUGGCUUGUGGGAGUUUUGAGAACCCUAGAUGAUGUCAGCCGCCCAGACGAUCUUUCAAGAGGCAAGGAAUCACUUUCAGGAGUAUCUUCGAAAGCUACAGAUAUCAAAUCCAAAACCAACGGUGUCGGCAAGGGCGGUGGGGCCGAACCAUUUCCUUUGGAGGUUCUCAAGGAUCUGCUUGGUCACGAUAGAGAUCACGCAAACCUACCCUUGCUGGUAAUAUUUGUCAAAGCAUUCGGUUGGGAUAUUUUAGGUGUCAAGGAAGCUGGGGCAGAAGGUAGGAAGACUGUCGAAGAGGAUGGGGCUACCAGAAUAACAGAAGGGGCGACGGAAGCAGACGAGGACUCUCCAGAAGAAGGGUCAGUCACCGACGGGCUUACUGAUGACCCUCCGCUCGCUUCUCUCGAGCUUCAGGAGCGAUUUCGUAAUAUCUUGAAGCGAUACUUCGAAGACGUCAAAGCACAUCUCAUCCGUGACCAGAAAUCCAUCUCCAAACAAGCACGAAAAGAUGCAGAAGCAUACGUCAAAUCCGGACAAGUAUUUGAGGAUCGACAAGCAAGUUACGAAAAGGGUGUUAAAGCUCAGGAACGAUUGGUUGCGAACGCUCAGGUUCUUGCAGACGCCAUUGGAUCGGAAAUGCCAGAUCUAAAGGACUCCGAGGAUGCUUCGGCUGCAGGCAAUGGGGGCAUCGGUCUUGUCAAGACUGGAGAGUAUCUUCGCGGAGAAGGUGAUGGUGCUGGGAUCUGGGAAGACGAGGACGAGAGAAGAUUCUACGAAAAUCUUGUAGAUUUAAAAGGAAAGGUUCCAGGAAUGCUAUUAGAAGACGGCAAGAAGAAGAAGGUAGACACAGACGAUAAGGUCGGCAAAAAGGCUGAAACGACUGAAUCUAACGCCGUAGAACCUGCUGUUGCUGUAGCCAAGCAAGCAGAAGACGAUCAGUCCACGGCUAUCGCAAAUAAGACUGUUGGCGCUCAAGUGGAUGCUCUCCUUGCAAGACUCCCAGAUCUCACUAGCAAAGACUUGAUCGACCAAGCCGCAAUCGACUUUUGUUUUCUCAACUCCAAGGCAUCUCGAAACCGUCUUGUCAAAGCGGUCCAAGAGAUACCCAAGGGCCGUAGUGAUCUCCUUCCAUCUUACUCUCGGCUAGUAGCUACCUUGGGCAAAUACAUGCUCGAUGUUCCUAAAGGUCUUGUAGAUCAUCUUGACCAGGAAUUUCGAAGUCUUCAAAGACGCAAAGAAAAAGAAUUUCUUGGUCAAGCUCGACUGGGAAACAUUCGCUACCUUGCCGAGUUGACGAAAUUUGGCGUUGUCCCGGAGCAUGUGAUCUUCCAUUGUUUGAAGGUCAGCUUGGAUGACUUUUCGAGAAUGAAUAUUGAGAUCAUCUGUAACUUACUUGAAAAUUGCGGACGUUAUUUGCUUCGGACUCCGGAAACUUCUCCACGAAUGACCUCAUUUCUUGAGACUCUCAAGCGCAAAAAGUCCGUUCAGCAUAUUGGCCAGCAAGAGCGAAUGCUCAUUGAAAAUGCAGUCUACUAUGUAGAUCCUCCUGUCAGAGCUGCCAUUCAGCAAAAAGAAAGAACCCCCAUAGAUCUGUUCAUAAGAAAGCUCAUCUAUUUGGACAUGAACAACCGCAAUUAUACCAAGAUCCUCAAGCAGAUUCGUCGACUUCACUGGGAGGAAAGCGAGGUAAGUUCGCCAUAUUUGACUCCAUUAAGUUCUUUUUUAAUAAUCCCAGGUUGUUGCUUUACUAGAAAAGGUCUUUUCGAAGCCGGGAAAGGUCAAAUAUGGCAACAUUCAUCUGCUUGCUAUUCUAAUCAGCGCUUUGUAUCGUUACCAUCAAGAUUUUGUUACGACAGUAAUUGAUAAUCUUCUGGAACACAUCGUCUUGGGCUUGGAGCAAAACGAUUUCAAAUUCAACCAGCGUCGUCUCGCCGAAGUCAAGUACCUUGGAGAGCUUUACAAUUACCGCAUGGUUGAUCACCCGGUAAUUUUUGAUACUAUGUAUCGAAUUAUGACUUUUGGCCACGGUAUGAGAUAUAAUUAAACAUUCAUCAACUAUAGCUAAAGAUUGUCUAGGUGGUCCUCCCAUCCCGGGUCGUAUCAAUCCUUUCGAUAUGCCUGAUGACUUCUUCCGCAUUCGUCUAGUUGCAAACAUCCUAGAAACAUGCGGCAUUUUCUUCAACCGCGGUGCAGCCGGCAAGAAACUUGAUUACUUUUUGUCCUUCUUCCAAGUAAGAGGUACUUUUCGUAACAUAGUACAUGACUGACUGAUUAACAGUAUUACAUCUACACCAAGGACAUGCUUCCGAUGGACAUUGAGUUCAUUGUGCAGGAUGUGUUUUCGUUAACAAGACCCCAGUGGAAACUUGCCUCUAACAUCGAGGAAGCGAGCCGAGCGUUUCAACUUGCCAUGGCCCAAGAUCAAAAGACUGCUGGCCUCGACAAAACUACUGAGAUUGAUGAUGCUGACAGUGUUGAUUCCUCAGAUGAUGGUGCUGAAGACGAAGCUGAGACUGGCCUUGGCGAUGGAGAUGAUGCUGAUGAGAAGUCUGAGUCUAAUGAAGAUGUAGAUGUAAAAGUUCCCUUCUCCAGACGCGAUAGCAACUGCUUACCCCAUAUCAAGGACCUGAAUGAUGACACCGCUCAAUCUGCAACCGACUCUGAGGAAGAGGCUAUUGUAGUCACAAGACAGGAGGAGGAAGUCGAUCCUGAAGACGAAGCCGACUUCGAGCGUGAGUAUGCCAAAAUGAUGGCUGAGAGUCUAGAAUCCCGAAAGCACGAGCGCAAGUCAACAUUCGAUGUGCCACUCCCCAUCCGACGCAAGGACCGUGAAGCUUCGACCCUCAACGAGACGUGGAACGAGGAGUCCUCUGCACCUGCGAAUGCUCCACCGACUGGCACAAUGGCAUUUUCACUUCUUACAAAGCGUGGCAAUCGCCAACAGGUAAGUCCCACGAUAUUAGAUUUGUGUAAAAUGACCACCACUGACCUGAAAACAGACACGUACAGUCGCAUUGCCGUCAGACUCCACUUUCGCCGUCGCAAUGAAGACUCAACAGGCAGCUGAGCGGGAGGAGCAACAGAGAAUCAAGAACCUUGUCCUCAACUACGACCUUCGUGAUGGAGAAGAGCAAGAUGGUGAAGAUGCACAGGCCCCUAUACUACCCAACCAAAAUAUUCACAAUCACCCAGGAAAUGAGAAGGCAACCGCUGCGAACUUUGCUAGACCUGAUAAGUCAAGCAACAAUCGCAGCGGCCAGCGAGCACGAAAGCUGCAGUUGAGCGAUGUCGACUGGUACGAUUCCAAAAAUAGCCCUUCCGUUUCUGUCAGAGAGAUUCAUUCCCCCAAAACAGCGAAUCGUGGCCCUGCUGGUCCGGCGUUAGAAUCCCCCGCGCCUACUGGUCGUGUGAAUAUUUCCAGCGCUGGACUUGCUAGGUUGUCCAAUCGAGGGUCCCCAAACAAAGCCUCUCUAGCGUCUGCAAAACAAAAGACUGCCCCACCCGGCAGACUUACCAGAAAGGCAAUGCUUGCUGAGCACGCAAUGCGUCAAGCAUCCAGAUCAAAAUGAUGGGGAGAAGUGGCUUUUCCUGGUUUUUGCCAAUGGACUUGAAACUGUUGCGAAUAGGUGUUGUACGAUUAUUUAACAUGAGUGCUAAUGAUCACCCUCCCAUGGGACAAUAGGACUUGAUUAGAUUUGGCAUUAAUAGUCGUUGAGAAUUUCCCCAAAGAUCUUUCCACGGCAAUUUAUCACUACUUCUCCUCUACUACUCGAUGUCUAACGAGACUUACUCACAAGAGUUAUCGCGACUCUGUUGAUCCUCCUUCGUCCAACAGGGGUGUCUGGAGAACGACAAAAGAUCGAAACGAGCACGUGGAUGAUCGUCACCAAAUCAUUCUCCCAGCAGCCCCCUUUCUCGACUCCAAACCUGCCCUUCAGUGAUUUCGCCCAUCUGUGGGCGGGCGACUGGGGGUCGUGAGUGCGGCAUUGAUGGUUGCGAAAACGGAAUGGAGAGUUUGAGAGGGUCAGAUUUGGCAGGGUAGUGGAUGUGACAAUUCAGUUCUAUCUCUGCCUAGCUGUGAGUGCCGAGAGAUUAUGCAUGCAAAUUGUGGUCUGGAGGAAUUUGAUCUGCUUUUAUUGUUCGUUGGUGCUUCGUACACGAAACUGGAGAGUGGAUGUUAGGAGGCAGAUGCAUGCAAGAGAGUCACUCAUUUGAUCUAUUUGCUACUAAUUCACUUCUUUACUUUGACUUCCAGAAAAAA